CCUCAGGAGCCCCAUAGUGAGCCACAGCAGUUGCACUGAAGUUCCUCUCCCAAGGAAAUUACAUAGUUGCCUUAGUGCUGAAUAUGGACCAUGUGUUUUCUAGGAUAGGUGAAAUGUCAACCAAAGUGCCAAACAUUAAGCUGAAAAUUGAUCCUCGGGAUCUGCAGAUCCAGACGUUUACAGUGGAGAAAUUACUGGAACCCUUGAUAAUUCAGGUUACAACACUAGUGAACUGUCCACAGAAUCCUUCUAGUAAGAAAAAGGGCCGUUCUAAAAGAGCUCGUGUCUUGCUGGCUUCUGUGGAAGAAGCCGCUUGGAAUCUGUUGGACAAGGGAGAAAAAAUUGCCAAAGAAGCAGCUGUGUUUAAAGAGGAACUUCAUGCAGCUCUUGCUGAUGUCAGGAAAGAGAGUCAAGCCCUGAAGGUGUCAGCAGAGGCGUUCACCAGCGAUCCCUGCUCCCUGCCCCGCAGGCAGGCCGUUGUCCCGGCAGCGCGCUCCCUGCUCGCGGCUGUCACAAGGCUGCUCGUUCUGGCCGACAUGGUUGAUGUGGCAUAUUUACUGCAGCAUUUGACUGUGUUUGAGAGAACAUUUGAAUCUUUAAGAAACGUAUCCAGUAAAUCUGAGCUACAGAAAACCUACCAGAAGUUUCGAAAAGAUCUGGAAAAUCUGGACUAUUUGGCAUACAACAGGCAGAGGGAUUUGAAAUCUAGCAGUCAGCGAGAUGAGAUUGCUGCAGCACGUGCAUCCCUGAAGGAAAAUUCCUCUUUCCUACAUUCAAUAUGUUCAGCUUGUUUGGAACAUUCAGAUGUUGCAUCCCUUACAGCCAGCAAGGAUUCAAUUUGCAAUGAAAUACAGAAUGCUCUCAAUGCAAUUUCUAAUGCUUCCCAAGGAGUUGGAAAUAAAAUGGAACAACCUACGUCUCGCACAACUACUCUUGGAAGUGCACUUGAUGAGCUUGAGAAUUUAAUUGUCCUGGAUCCUCUUGUAGUGAAUGAGGAGACAAUAAGGCCCUCCCUAGAGAAACGUCUGGAAGCCAUUAUAAGUGGAGCAGCUCUGCUGGCCGACUCCUCGUGCACGCGGGAUGUCCAUCGGGAGCGCAUCAUCGCCGAGUGCAACGCCAUCCGCCAGGCCCUGCAGGACCUGCUCUCAGAGUACAUCAACAACGCUGACAAGAAAGAGAGAAGUAGUGCCUUGAACGUGGCAAUAGACAGUAUGUGCAAGAAGACAAGAGAUCUCCGCAGACAGCUCCGUAAAGCCAUUAUAGAUCACAUCUCAGACUCCUUCUUAGAUACCACUGUUCCACUUCUAGUUCUCAUUGAAGCUGCUAAAAAUGGAAGAGAGAAAGAAAUAAAGGAAUAUGCUGCUAUAUUUCGAGAACAUACCAGCAGGCUUGUGGAGGUUGCUAAUCUUGCUUGUUCAUUGUCAACAAAUGAAGAUGGAACGAAAAUUGUCCAGAUGGCAGCUAAUCACAUAGAGACCUUGUGCCCACAGGUCAUUAACGCUGCUUUAGCUCUUGCUGCCAGACCAAAAAGUCAAGUUGUGAAAAACAACAUGGAGAUGUAUAGGAGUACAUGGGAGAAUCACAUCCAUGUUCUUACUGAAGCUGUGGAUGAUAUAACAAGUAUUGAUGAUUUUCUUGCUGUAUCAGAAAGCCACAUUCUCGAGGAUGUGAACAAGUGCAUCAUUGCCCUGAGGGAGCAGGAUGGGGAUGGUUUGGAUCGUGCCGCAGGUGCCAUCCGAGGACGCGCUUCCAGAGUCGCUCACAUUGUUUCGGGCGAGAUGGACAAUUACGAACCGGGAGCUUACACUGAAGGGGUGAUGGCAAAUGUUCAGGAUCUGACCAAGAAUGUGAUUCCAGAGUUUAUUAGUCAAGUAAAUAUUGCAUUGGAGAGCUUAAGUAAGAACACGGUCCACCUGUUCGAUGAUAACCGGUUUGUGGACAUUUCUAAGAAGGUGUAUGAUGCGAUUCACAACAUCAGGUGCUCAGUCAUGAUGAUUCGGACACCUGAGGAGCUGGAAGAUGUGUCUGACCUGGAAGAAGACCAUGAUGCACGUAGUCGUACCAGUAUCCAGACUGAAGGGAAGACUGACAGGGCCAAGAUGACUCAACUGCCAGAGGCUGAAAAGGAAAAGAUAGCUGAGCAAGUGGCUGACUUCAAAAAAGUCAAGAGUAAGCUUGAUGCAGAGAUUGAAAUAUGGGAUGAUACCAGCAAUGACAUAAUUGUUCUGGCCAAGCGGAUGUGUGUGAUUAUGAUGGAGAUGACUGACUUCACAAGGGGGAGAGGACCACUGAAGCACACAUCCGAUGUGAUCAACGCAGCGAAGAUGAUCUCGGAGUCAGGCUCCAGGAUGGACGUCCUGGCACGGCUCAUUGCAGAUCAGUGUCCAGACCAGUCGUGCAAACAGGAUUUAUUGGCUUACCUAGAACAGAUCAAGCUCUACUCACACCAGCUCAAAAUCUGUAGUCAAGUUAAAGCAGAAAUCCAGAAUCUCGGUGGAGAGCUUAUCAUGUCUGCUUUGGACAGUGUCACUUCACUAAUUCAGGCUGCCAAAAAUCUAAUGAAUGCUGUGGUGCAGACAGUGAAGAUGUCCUAUAUUGCAUCCACAAAGAUUAUCAAGAUUCAGAGUCCCACUGGCCCACGACAUCCAGUUGUCAUGUGGAGAAUGAAGGCUCCAGAGAAGAAGCCCCUCAUUAAAAGAGAGAAGCCAGAAGAAAUCUAUGCCGCUGUCAGAAAAGGUUCUGCAAAGAAGAGAAUCCAUCCUGUUCAAGUCAUGAGUGAAUUUAGAGGCAGAGAAAUAGUUUAAUAUUUUGCCACUUUGUGUGUUCCUAUCUUGAAUUGCUGAUGAUUUUUCAUCUUUUCCCCCACUUAUUUAAUAAUUAUAUAUGUUAAUGUUUUGCUUUUCUCUAAUUCUGUAAGAUAACACUUGCUUAAAUUAUUUGAAAAUGCUAUUGGAUUAAUUAGAAGCACACAGCUGAAAAAAAAAAAAAGACAAACAAAAGCCAUUUUCUUGCAGUGACAAACUCUCAUGUUUUUGCACUGGCCUGUUUUCAACAGAGCACUUUUAGUGAUGCACUUAGAGACUGUGCUGUAGCUGGAAAGGAGGAAGCAAUGUGCCAACAUGCCCAGAAUCAUACUGCGUUCAUGAGGCUUUAGGUGUUCCUGUGCCAGGGAUGAGUGUGGCCACUACUAAACUGCAUGUAUUUUAUGACAUACAGCUUUUUAAACACGGUGCCACAGGGCCAGAUCCUUGCUCAGCAUCAUUACACCAUGAUCAAGUCAUGAUUUGAUGUGAACUGAGAGUCUGGGCCCUAAACUUGGGUCUACACUGAAACAUCUAAAGACAUCCCCUUGGCUAAGGCCCAGCUUUGGAAAUGUAAGUCUGAAAAUGUUUGAUGAAACACACAAAGUAUUGUAACAGCAUGGAUGUACUAAUGUAAUAAAAAAAGCACUGACUGCAACACAGCAAUAAUGACAGUUCUUUAAAAGGCCUUAGGAAGCAUUAACAUGGAUCUGUGUUCUGCUCUCUGUGAGCCCUAAGAAAUCUGCUGGCUGUUGUAUUCGGUAGUUCAGAUAAAUCAGACAUUAACAACAGAACUUUUCUAAUUGCUGCACAAAAGAACAAACAUGAAAUGAGAUCAGUAUGUGAAAUACACAUCUUGAAUCUUACAAAUGGUGAGAUUUUUGCAAGGAAACUGUAGGGAUUUAAGCUACUUUUCUUAUGACAGUAGAGUCCUAAAUGCAGGACUGUGCUGGUAAGUGACCUGCUGAAUGGCUGCACUCUUGUCUCAAACUACAUAAUGAAGGUAAAAGCUGUUAGUCCAGACCUCUGCAACAUACUUAAGAGAAAUAUAAUGUUUCUAAAUCCAUUUGAAUCUGAAAUCCACUUGGAAAAUUUUUUUUUGAAGAAUCUAACUUGCCUUCCCUACCAUGUCAUGAAGUUCUGCCGGGCUACCCUUGUUACUCAGGAUGUCUUUGCCUGGCAAUUCAGUAAAUCCCUUGGUAUGGUUUUUUUUUGCAUUUGCUAAGGUGAAAGGACUCCCUCAAAGGCCAGAACUUCAUGAUGUGUCACUCACUGCCUUUGUGAGGCAGCUCCAGACUAUGGGCUGCUGGUCCAUGUCAUUUAUUACCAUGCUUUGCACAGCAGUGCCCUGACCUGGCACAAUGUGGGCAGCAAAAAUAACCAUAAAUGGUGCCUUUCCUCUUGGGGGCUGCUCUGUUUCUAAGCUCAGGAUGGUGGGGCAGUAUAAUUUCUGGGCUGUUAAUUAAGAAACUCCAUGAAACCUAUAGUGCUCACGAAUUAAAAAUUUUCUAGAUGAUGAUUCCACCUUCCCAAACUUUGCUGUCUGUUAAAUGAAACCAAAGGAGAAGUUUGAAAGAAAAUCACCUCUUCCCAACUCAAGUUCCAUCCAGUAUGUUUGCAUGAAGAUCUUAGUAACGUGUAUUCGGCUUUGCUAGUCCUCUUAGGGUGACAGAGCCAG